GCAUAUUCAAAAUGUUUUGCUUUAUUAAUUUAGAUGUGUUCAUUUUAACAUGAGGUUGCUCUGAAAUAUUACUGCAAUCUGCGGACAUAAAAUGCAUGCGGAAGUACCCCGUAAUACUGUGUUCCGCGAUCCCGUGAACUCGACAAAUCUGAGCUGUCCUUGCAGACCUGGCUUCACUCCAUUUUAAAGAUAUUACCGUUAGAAAAAUCUAUUCCGCAGAGUAAAAUUUAUUUUACCACAAUAAAAUAUUGAUUGAAUUUACUUUUCAGUUAUAUAUCAAGUCGCGUCAGGCCCGUCGGUAAUUUUAGAGGUACGUUGCGCUAACAAUGUACUGUUUCAAUUGUCUGGGUUGGCCAGACUCAUUUACCGUACGUGUAUGACGUAUUGCGCAUGUACAGUAAUGUAUUCUUUCUGUUUUAAAACACAUAACAGGCGCUGCAUGAAUCUGUUCCAAGGUAAUUUUGGGGGUAUAUGCUAUUAAAUUCACUCAACAUCAGGCGCGAUCGACAACUCGAGACGUGGCGAUCGACCGGCCGAUCGCGAUCGACGUGUUGGCCACUCCUGUUAUAUAGCUUGGGUUAAUUUGUAUAGUCUUUGUUGAGAAAGUGUACCUAUACGACUUCUAUCUUUUCUAUCAUAGUGAAUCUGGGAACCCUCGAUUUAAAACCUAGGACCAGUACGUGCUCUGUGACAUUUGUCUCUAUUGUUGGUUCCACGUAUUACCUUUGUGAGUUACACCCCAAUCAGUCAGGCGUAAAAAGGGAACUAUUUCAUGACUUGCUAUUUGAUAUGAUACUUUGCGGCGACGUCUCGGUUUUUUAUGUGAAGUUCUUGCCGAACAAGGCAUUAUAGUUUAGAUAAGAUUGCACUCGAACCCAGACAGUUACUUUGGUUACUUAAUUAGUUCGAGUAAGCAUAUUGAGCAGUAGGCUAUACUACAUGUUACUUUUGGAGGAGGAACUUGAGCCUUACAAGGCGACAGACCCAUCUAUAGUCCAAAUAAGCACAAUCGUGUUGUGCGUAUUGCGUCAUAAAAUAAACAUAUUCAGUCAGUGAUUCACAGCCAAUGUAAAGAAAACUGAUAAAAAGCGAAUGAAAGUAUAAGAUUGUUUCGAUGAGAAUGGACAGCACUAGUGAUUUCGAAUUUGCCUUCAAGCUAAGAAUAUAAUGAGAACUGCAGAUGGAAGUGAAUGAUUCUGGAAUGGUCAUAGACACAUAAAAUAAACUUUCGAUUUUGUUUACGAUUAUUUUGAACAUACAGGCAAUGUUAAAUCUGUACUUGGACAAGGUCGAUAAGUGACAGAUAACCCAGCCGUGUAAAGCACUAAUUUUACUAGAAUAUAAGGUUUUUGUCGAGUGGAAAUGAUAUAACGGACAAGGCAGGACGUACAAUUGCGCAAGUCAAGGCUCUUAGAAAAAAGUUAUGACGUAAGAGAUCUUUGACAAUAGUGUAGUUGCCACGAAUGUAAAUGGGUGCGCAACCCAGUUGUCAAUACCCCAGCAAAAUACACUUAACUAAUAUGUUUAGAUAUUAGAAUAUGAAGUACCUAAUAUUUUGUUGUUUUGGGGCAAUUAUCUUACAUGAUGUCUUCUCUGAAACAACGAACUGCAAGUUACGGGAUUACGACAAUAAACCUGGAUCUGCGUGCGACUGCGGUGAAAAUACUGCUCAAUCAAUAUGUUACGUAUCUAAAGUAAGGUUUCAGAAUGGAAGUUGUGGAUCCUGUCCAUCGGGAAAUUAUUUUGACUAUUCCAUCUAUGAUUGUCAAGAAUGUCCGAGACCGAAUCAUAACUGCGAGGAAAAUGUAUAUCGAGACUGUAGGCCAUGUGAAAAAAACAAAUUUACGACUAUCACAACAAAGUCUACCACAGCAUCAGCAUCAACACCAUCUAUAUCAUCUACUAGUUCAUACACAUCCACAAAAACUUCAAGCACAAAAUCGGUCGCAUCAACCACCACCUCUCCGCAAAGUAAUCAAGUGAAAUCUACAACUGAACAAGUUCAGACUAUUGAACAUCUAACAACCACAUCAUCUGCACCUUAUUCGGACCACAAUAUACAAUUAACGAAUUUAGAUAUUUUAUUUAUUAGUAUUGCUGUGGUAGUGAUAGUAGGAUAGUAUUCUAUAUGCAUAUAAAGACUAUCUUUGGGUUUUGUGUUUAAAUAAACGUGAAAAUUCUGAACGACAAAAGCAAUUCAACUUGGCAUAGCCGAAAGUAUAUAAAAUGAAUUGAAAUGUGUUCAUACUUUAUUACUGAUGAAAUAUAUGGAAUUUUUUUUAUCAUUUUUAAAAAUUCAUUACUUGCAUCGUUUUUUUGUAAACUUACAGGCAAUGUGUAUAAUUAUGUACUAUUUUUGAAAGUGAUGUAAUGGUUGUGAGAUGGUACAUGUGGUCAAUUAUGCAAAUAUUCAUUGUUCAAAAUUGAAUAUACAUUUUUACGAAUAAAAAGAAGAAAUGAUUUCUCAAGUGAAAACGAUGCUUCUGAAGAGAUUUAAGAUAUUUGCACUCAAAAUUAACAGAAAACUUUUCUGAUUGAUGGGUCUGAAAUGUUUUUAUGUUCAAUAUAUAAUUACAUUAUUGUCAUCACUGGUUAGUCAAACUCACCAUAUGAACGAGCACUUGAAUCAAGCGGCAGUAGGCCAUC